UACAGUAAGCUGUCAAGAGCUUGUUGCUCAAAGCUGUGUAAUGUCACAAAGUAAUGGCCGUUGGAAAAUGACGUCCACGUAGCUUUGCAAGACUCUAAGAUACCGAUUCGGUCAAGGUUUACUGGCUGUCGAACGCUCAUUUCGGCCCCGACUGCGUUUUCCUCGGCGUGUCCGAGCUGCGGUGGCGCCGUCGCCCCCCGCCCCUCCUGCGCUCCCACCACCCGACGGGCAGCGGUUCAUCCGCGGCGAUGAGCUUGACUAUAUAAGUGCCUUGAAGAAGAUAACCUGAGACUGAAGUCGGAGGAAAGCUUGUUUUACCAACGGGGCCAGAAACAACAUCUGGGGGGCCGCUACUUUGCGCACCAUCAAAGAAGAAUAAUGGUCUAAAACAGCAACGGCUCCCGCAUAGUUUCCAAAGAAAAGCCAAUGAGCGUUGGUGUAUAACCAAUGGGUGAUCUCCGCGCUAAGCCACCAUCCUUCUGAUCCCUCUGGCUCCAGCUCAUGGAGGACUCGUCAGCUCGUUUUAGGAGAGGACUGUGAUUGGCCUUCCGCUUCCCGCACCACGAUUGUUUUCUAAUAAAAACAGUUUAUGAUCAAAAACCUUUGGACAUGGCAUCAGGGAGAGACACAAAAUGGCUGACCUUGGAGGUGUGUCGACAGUUUCAGCGUGGAAACUGUUCGCGCAGUGACGAGGAGUGCAAAUUUGCUCACCCGCCAAAGAGCUGCCAAGUGGAAAAUGGGAGGGUCAUCGCCUGCUUCGACUCGCUAAAAGGUCGGUGCUCGAGAGAGAACUGCAAGUACCUUCAUCCACCCUCACACUUGAAGACCCAGCUGGAAAUAAACGGGCGCAAUAAUCUCAUCCAGCAGAAGACAGCAGCCGCGGUGCUCGCCCAGCAGAUGCAGAUCAUGAUCCCAACAGCUAGUCUGCAGUCUGUGGGUCUCGGCACCAACUCUGGUCUUGGCUACGGUUCCUACUUGACACCCCUAAGCCACGGGAUGGGCCUCCUUCCUACAGACAUCCUGCCUACCAGCCAGGUUCUAGUUUCAGGCAGCCCGCCCAUCACCGUCCAGAGCUCGUCGUCGUCGUCUUCUUCUUCGCCCUCGCAGAAGCUCCAGCGCACUGACAAGCUAGAGGUGUGUCGGGAGUUCCAGCGAGGGACCUGCACUCGGGGCGAGACCGACUGCCGCUUCGCCCACCCCAGUGACAGCCCCAUGAUCGACACAGUGGACAACACAGUCACCGUUUGCAUGGACUACAUCAAGAGUCGCUGCAGCCGCGACAAGUGCAAGUAUUUUCACCCUCCUGCGCACUUGCAGGCCAAAAUUAAGUCCGGUCAGCAUCAGACAGCCAUGGCGGCCCAGGCUUCAGUUGCAGCCGUGACUCAGUCGACUGCCAAAGCAAUGAAGCGACCCCUCGAGGCAACUGUAGACCUGGGCUUCCCCCACAGCAUCCUGCAACCGCUACCAAAGAGAGCAGCUCUGGAGAAGAACAACUGGGCCAGCUCGCUGCUCAGCCCUAGUUUGUUGCACUAUCAGCAGGCUCUUGCCAAUACGCAGCUGCAGCAGCCCGCGGCCGCAUUCUACCCCGCAGGGUCUGUUCUGUGCAUGACUCCUGCGAACAGUGUCGUCCCCAUGAUGUACAGUGCUACGCCUGCUAGUGUCUCUGCAGCAACUUCUCCCGCCACAAGUGUCCCCUACGCAGCAACAGCACCAGCCAAUCAGAUCAUUCUCAAGUAACCCCCAGAAACAAAACUCAGUGCCACAAUGAUCCAGAUCAGCCCAUGUGUACAUACAAUGUCCUUGCCGCAUGCUGAUCCAGCAUCACCGGUGGAUGACAUCACCAUAUACAGUACGGUAUCCCAUUAAGGAUUGUACGUGUCACACACCAAAACCCUAUGCAUGGACGUACCGUACUUAUUCGCAUUAUAUUUAAAGUAACCUACCACAGAAGUUUCAGAACCAUAUAAGCAGAAAUUUACUGGAAAAUACUAACCAAUAGAAAUGUUAGCUGACAUUCUAAUGAUGUAAAUAGUCACAUGGAGGUGCCCACGGUAGAGAUUGUUGACUUUCUUGAAUGCGUCAUUUCUUUGUAACAGUAAUGAUUGUUUGACCUCGUGCCAGAUUCAGUUGUUUUAUUAGCGAACUAGUGAAAAGCACUUAUUUUAAGAUGGCCCUCAGUGUACAGUACAGGCUUUUAUCCAUAGUGAGCAGUGCUCCUCCACCUGGUGUGCCUUUGUAUUGCAUUGAAAGCGUUUUGCCGGUGUCGACCCAAUCAAAAGUUCUCUCUACGGGCACGGAUUUAACCUUUAUUUCCCCUCUCAAAAAAAAAAAAGAAAUUUCACUGAUGGGUCAGAAUGAUAGGCAUGUCUAUAAACAAUAAGGUUUAUUCAAUGUAUAUUCAAACGGAAGGGUUCCGUCUUAAUUGAAUGUUACAAGUGCCUAAAGAGUUGUCAUAUUUAAGGGGCUUUGAAUGACAUUGGCCUGUAUUUAAAAAGAAAUAAUAAUAAUAAUAUGAGAUCUAGAAAGUCGUGAACAUGUCAUAAUUGCUUUGUGAAGACGUUUAUGAAUAUUUAUGUACCCUCGAAUGAUUAUCUACUCUUUAUUUCAUAUUUAAGAUGACUUUGUAGUCCUCGUUUGUCCUACAACGAUGUUUCUUAAGUAGUUGAAUGUGCAAAUGAGUAGAUGAAUUUAAAGAAGGAUGUAAAAUGUAGUUUAUUUAGACAAAAUGGAGGACAUUGUUUUAAAUAUUAUUACUUUUAUUCCUCCAUAUUACAAUCUUAAAUGUUCACUAGGGAUUGGCAUUUGCGACAUUGCGUUAAUGGACCUUUGAGAAAAUUCACAAUAGUAAGGUAACCAGUCAAUUACGUGAUUAAUCAAACAAUUAAUAUGCUCAUCCGUAGUGUCCGGUGUUUAUUUUCUUUCUUACACGACUGUGUUUUAUUAAUUCAGACAAUCUAUUAAGCUAUUCUAUGAUUUCCUCUCCGUGAUGUCAUUUUUAUUGCAAAUUCUUUGACUUAACACUGACAUAAUUACCGGUAUGUAAACGUGAACUGAAAACACGACACAACUUAUAUUUACUCGGUGAAUGUAUAUUCUUAUGAACUGACUUUCAUUUAAAAAAAACAAAACAAAAAAACUACAACAACAAAAAGGCAGGAAGUGAUCUCAUUUGCCUCCGACACGUUGUCGUUUGGAGUUCAGGGUGGCGCGACAGGAGUAAAGACUUUAGAAUUGUUGACGUAACAAAGUGCAUUGUACGUGCUAAGCGUAAUAAUCGUCAAAAAUUAAGGAUGUCUGUCUUGGCUGUGAUUGUACUGUCACAAAUUUCAUUUUAGAUUGGUGCAUAGUAACACUUUUUCCAGUAUGGUGGUGUGUAUUUUUAGACAUACUGCAGUAAAUAAUCCACUUUUGAUUAAGAAUGUCGUGUGCAAGUCAUUUCUUUAAGCACUUACAUAGCACUCAAGCUAACCGAAGAUAUGUUUUUUUUUUUUUUUUUUUUUUUAAUUUGAUUGUUGCCUUAUUCUUCAUCUAAACCAUUUGCAUUUAACCUGUUGGUUGCCAUUGACGGCGAUUUGGGAGGGCUGGCAGCGAAUGAUCACUGAAAGCCCUCCCAUUCAAAAUGGAUUGGACAUCUAUUGCCGCCAAUGGCAGUGAAUGAUUUAUUUCACUCUGCUUGUCAAAAGAAGACACACAACUCUGGGAAUGGAUGUCUGAUGGAGAUUAAAAAUGUCACUCAGCACUCAGAAAAAAUGCUUUAUGAGGAUAAUGAUGAUGAUGUCGUACUGCUAUAAAUGGUUACAUUAAUAUUGAUUUGAUCCAUCAGCGGGCCUAACUUUAAACUUGUCCUCAUUUUCUUAUAUAAUAGUGGAACCUAUUUUACUGUGUCUAAUUAUUCAUUUCAUGUGAAUAGUGAUUUAUAAAGUCUAUAAAAAAAAUCUAAUAAUGUCAAUAAACACUGUCCAAAUAAAGGCAAUGUUGUCAUCUGA